GUCCAACUUACAUCACACUCCAAACUUCAUCACUCAAUCCGGAAAUACCUAGCACCGAUUCGACAAGAUGACGGACUUUAUGGGACACUGCCACUGCAAGCAGACCGAGUUUACUGCUACGCUGCAGCAGGAUCAGCAGGCCCAUAUUCUUUGCCAUUGCAACACCUGCAAAGACCUCUCCGGCUCAGCCUACACACUCAACCAAAUCAUCCCCGCCAAAGCGCUCAAGAUCACAAAGGGCGACGACCUCGGCAAAUACACAUACAAGGGUGACUCUGGCAAGAGCGUUCACUGCUACUACUGCAAGAACUGCACCACCCAUGUCUACCACGUUCAAGAAGCCCUCGGCCCUGACAACAUUGUCUUGAGGACAGGAUUGCUCGACGAGGGUGUCAAGAACUUCAAGCCUGGUGCGGAGAUCUACGGCAAGGACCGUCUGCCAUGGGAGAAGGAAGUCGCCCACACCUUCGAUGUCCUUCCACCUUCAUAGAUGCAUGAGGUUGUUGUAUGACACAUGUCUAUGCCAAAAUUCAACCAAUGAAUAACAUGACGUCAAAACCAGCAAGCCUUUUUGUGA